GUCUUACCUUCCAAGCUUUAUUUCACGUUUCGAUUUCGCGGCGAGAGGAGGCAUUCGCGGUAUUUUUGACAGUUGCAUUUUUUUCGCGCGAAGGCGGAUUUUUGAACAGCCUAAUUGAGAUUGUGUUUGUUUAUUAUUGUGAGAAAUGGUGAAGUUCUGGUGGAUGUUUAUAUUGUUUGCGAAAACUGCUUCGGCUAGUGAUAACGAACUUCCAUCUGCAGAAGCACAAAAAGAGUCACGAUUCCUACCCCUGUUCGAAGUCAAGCGAUAUGACAAUCGACCAGGCCCUGGGCUAGGACCUGGCGGUCUACCGCCGCUGACCACGGUGCCAAUCGCCGGAGAACGCUGCUCCUCACGCCUCGAAUCUGCUUUAGACCAGAUGAAGCGACGGAAAAGGACGCAGCCUAAAAACCUUGAUACUCCUUUGAGCCAAAGCAUCGACCUCAAUGGCUACAGCUUGUACCAGCAAAUGCGAUCAGCACCCGUGGACAUGUAUGUUACGAGAAUGAGGGUACGACUCCCGCAGAACAGCAACUGGGUGAGAGUGGAGAAAUGCUACUUCGACCCUAGGAACGUCUCUUUAGACACCAUGCUUCUAUUCCAUGAUAUUACCAUCAGUGGAAAUGUAGACUUGUAUGAUGCAAAUGAUCUCGAUAGGGGUCUACCUCCGAGUAGGUUGAGAAGACAUUAUGCAGAAUCCAGGGCUUUAGAUGGACCCUACGUUGACGAAUAUUCUAGAAACCGCGGCAGCAAUGGUUGCAACAUGAUCCUCAGAUUACGAAAGGCUGGAAUUGGUUUCCACACGAGACCUCUAAAUCAACAGCCAGGGAAAUUCAACGUCAAAACUGAUUCUGAAUUUGUAGAACCUGGUUUCAUAAGUGUUUACGCGUAUGGUUGCGAAAAAUACAUAAACAGGAACUCUGUCAGAAACAAGGAUGACUUACCUCUAAACCGGAGGAAACGGUCAGAUGAAUUCAGUUUCGACCCACGACUGCGCCAAAUGUAUGAUGGUCAGGACAGUAGGGCCGCCGACAAUAAUCACGACAUUAUCUAUGAGCCGCGAAGCAGGGUUAAUUACGAGCGAAGUAAACUGUUCAGACCGGACGACGAAUUGGACGAAGCUGAGGAUAUUUCCCGAGAGAUGGAGGAUAUAUUCACGAAAGGUAUUAGAACUCUUUUGACGACUUAUAUGAAGAAGGAACUGCAGCCUGCUAUCAAAGACACGUUGAUGAGAAAUAUGGGUUAUGUUAUAUCAUACGGCUAAAAUAGGUACCAAUUUAAUAUGACACAUUUCUGAAGAAUUCAGGAUUGGUCUCGAAAACAAAAAUCACGAUUCGCAAACAAGACUAUCUUUUACUUUCUGUCUCAAAGUGAUCCCAUUUGAUAAGAUAACAAAUGCAAUACGA